AUGGCGGACCCAGACAAGAUCAAGCCGUACGGCCUUUCCCAGAUCUACUGCUCCAAGGAGCCACUGGUGGAUAUCGUCUUCGUUCACGGCCUCAACGGCCAUCCUUAUCACACCUGGAAGUCACAGUCGGGCAUCUUUUGGCCAUCAGAGCUUCUUCCCGAGGUCCUUGAACAUGUUCGUAUCCUCACUUAUGGCUACAACGCGGAGGUAGCGGCUUUCAGAGAUGGCUCUUCUCGAGACCAUAUCCAUCACCAUGCAGAGACGCUGGCCUCAGGCCUUGCCGCGAACCGAAACCUUCGAAAAUGCUCUGACCGUCCUAUCAUCUUCGUCUGCCAUUCCCUCGGGGGCCUUGUGGUCAAGCGCACGCUCAUUCACUGUCGUAACGUCACAAACGAGAAGAUUGAGCAUCUGCGAUCCGUCUUUGUGUCCACGUACGGCAUUCUCUUUCUGGGCACCCCGCACAACGGCUCUGACAUGGCCAAGUGGGGUUCGCUCCUGCAGAACAUCUGCAGUGCAGUUUUGCCUAAGAAGGUCAUGGAGAGCUCUUCCCAGUUGAUCAGCGCGCUCCAGACAGACAAUGAGACCCUCCAGAACAUCAACAGUCUUUUUGCAGAGAUCCUACCCAGGUACCACGUUUACUUCUUUCAUGAAACUCGUUCGACCGAUAUCAAGGGAACCCGCCAGCUCAUCGUGGACGAGACCUCUGCCGCUCCUUACAUCGAGGGUGUGGAGCGCAUGGGUAUCGAGGCAGAUCACAGUAGCAUGUGCAAAUUCGAUGAUGAAACUGCUCCUGGAUACGAAGCGGUCGCUGAGGCAAUACUGCGAUACUCAGAAGCCGCUCCUGCACUCAUCGCGCACCGAUGGCACGAAGAGGAGAGCACCCGAGAGAUGUGGAAGCACUACAAGAUUGGCGAGCUUCGUGGUACAGACAACACGAACGCUGGACCAGAGUAUAGAGAUGAACACCUUGCGGGCACCGCACAAAGUGCACAGAUUGCAAGUGGUAGUGGUCUUAUCGCUCAUCCUGAUUUUCCAGACGCACGCCCUAUCUCCCACGCAUCCCCAGUGGCGCAACCUGUAGUGGUCUAUGUGCCUCCCCCAGGAGGAGCGAGUGCUUCUGCGCCAGAUCCUGCUUCCAGCGUCGAGCUUCCAGGCCCAAGUGAGCCUUUCUUCAUAGUACCACCAGGCUUUCAUCCGAAUGCGACCUUUUAUGGCAUGGAAAAGGAACUUCGUUUGAUGCAUGAUCGUCUACACAAGGCCAAGAAACGCGUUGAUCGUCUCACUGCGGUUCUCAUACACGGAGUACCUGGUUCCGGAAAAACACAUUUAGCACGGCAGUAUAUCUGGGACCAACGCGAAUGUUACCCUGGUGGCAUCUUCUGGGUGGACGCCAAAUCACGCCAGUCAACUUACAAAUCCUAUUGGGAGAUUGCUCAAGCGGCCUCCCUGGCGCCAGAUGACCAACAAUUUGAAGAGUCAGAUGCGACAAUACCGCAGCAAUUUGUAUUCGAAGUUCGUGAUUGGUUUCAGGCUCGGGAGGAAUGGCUUUUGAUAUUCGAUGGCAUCACUUUCGACCAGGAUGAGGAUUUGAACCAUUUCAAACAAAUCCUCCCCUUUAGGCCAAGGUCAAACAUCAUCUAUACCUCUAUUGACAGAACGCUCGCAAGGAAGCAACGCCUUUUCGAACCGUACUGCUUGACAGUUCCACCCCUUGAGGAGGAAGAUGCUUGCAAGCUUCUCUUCAAAGACAUUGGUGUCAAGAAUGCAGACCGUGCCCAAAAAAAGAAAGCGAUCGCUCUAGUAAAGCACUACGAGUGUCUCCCUUUGGCAAUACAUGCGAUCGGCCAUCGCCUCAGUGCGACGGGAAAACCGAUUGUUAACUACCAUGUAACCUCACACUUGACAGACGAAAAACUUGCGGAACCCUUUUUGAGCAUUAUGCACGAUCUCUAUCGUAUGGAGCACUUUGCCGCGUUGAAUCUUAUCAACUUAUUGGCAUUCCUUGGCCACCAGGUCCCAGUCGGAUUAAUCAACAUGGGACGAGGAGCUCUGGAAUCCUGGGGUGUCGAGGUUAUGACCAGCAGUAGACCUGGCGAUCGCCCGGAGAUUGAUGCCACACUGGGAACUCUGAUUCGGUAUGGACUCCUGGAGAGGACUGCCAAUUCACCUAAGCAACAGCAGAGCUUCUCAUCGCAAUCGGAUGGAGACGAGACACUCGAAUCGAGCGCGCAGACACCGGCAUUGUCGGAGUCACAAACUGAAAGCAACGAGGAUGCUUCUAGAGAUUCGUACUCUGAGACAAGUCCGGGGCUCGGUGCUAUCGAUGUCAUUAGGAUUCACAGCGUUGUGCAGGGUUUCUGCCGGGAUGAACUUAAGAUCAUGGAUAAGGAGCAGGCAAGCCAGCCGCUAAUGGCUAGCAUCGCAAGUUUAGGACCUGGUUCCACGGGAUUCUACGAUUCAUGGCUUGUAGUCACCACGAGUAUGUUUUGUGCCUCGUACGAAAAGGCAAAGACCAAAAUGGGAGUCAUUGAUUAUGGUGGCAUGGUCAAAGACUACAGGGAGUAUGAAACACAUGGAUCGCGCCUGCUGGAUCACUACCCCAAGAAAACCAGGAAGAUCUCCAAGGCGCCAGUAACUGUGCGUCAAGCUCACGAAGACCUGACCCGGACCAUGGGGAAUAUCCGCGGCGAGCUACGACGCCUCUCACGCAGUACGACCCAAGUAGCACCGCCAAAACUCAAGUCCGUUUUUGAUCGCAUGGGCAGCUCAUCUUCAUCAUUGCCAGACUCUUCUUCGAACGAAGAGAAUUCGCCAGAGCCAACGCUGAAUCUGGGUGACAUCCACCCCGAUCAUGUGGAGUCGCCACAGGAGAUCAUUAAUUUGGAGCUAUUCCCGCCGCAUAUCUUUCGAGAACCCAGUCGUGAUCAGGAAGCCGAUGAUGAAAGUGAAGUCAAUAUGAAGAAGCCAAAGCGAGGCACACCGCUUUCGCAAAUGGUCCGGGAGGCACGUAGGCCUAGGCCUGCCGCGCCCGUCCUCAGAGUCUUCCAGGUACAUGGACAUAAUGUGCCCGGCAACAAUUCAGACAGGGGUCGAAGAGGCUCACAAGGCUCAGCAGCUGAAGCGCUUGCGGCUGUUCACCAUGGAACACCACCGUCGUCUCGUGACAGCAAUGUGGACUUGGCUGUUACUUCUCCAUCGGGAGAAGAGAACAUACCAACCUAUGCAACUGUCACGGCAUCAAGACGCACAAAUGAGCUCAUUGAUGCGGCCAAGCGUCGACCAUAUUCACCUCCCGUUGGACACCCAGCCUCGGGGGCACCUGCCAGAUCAUCUGCAGAGUCCUUGGUCAGUCGGAGCAGCCAUAUCGCACCAUUCUCCCCGGAUCUGAGAUCAGAGCGGAUGAGUCACUCGUUAUCUAGUGAGGCUGGUGCUGACUUAGUUGCGCAACAUUUCGAGUCUUUAGAGAUGAAAGAAGCUCAGUAUCAACAACUUUAUGCUUCUGCAACAUUGAGACCUCAUGAGCCGGCUGGCGACUUGUCUGGAAGCGUUUCCUCCAUCUUCGCUUAUGGAAACCAGUCGAUGCAUAUCGAAGGCAACCAGGAUAUCAGGGAGUCCCGACGCAUGAGUGGUCACUCCCGAUCGGGUCUUGUGGGACAAUCAGCUACGCACCUGAUGUCCGUUCACCAUCCGUCUGCGUUUAUGCCAGGUUCCUCUCCGCCCUCAAUGACCGACAUGAACAUGCCAGGCUGCCACGCCAACGCCACCGAUCCAGUCCCAGUUGCUGCUGAACCAAUGUCGCGAGGACCAUCAGCGAAUUCUCGCCAAUCCUGGACGACAGAUCCAGUUCUCUACCCUCCGCCUGUGGUCCCUCACAUUCAGCCAAACGCUGGAACGGCAACGGCGCCAAUGCCCAUCGGCCCAUUCUCCCAAAUGGUCCCUGAGCAUCCAACAGUCUCCGGAAUGGGCGGCUGGGUCGGCGAACUACCACCACAGCCAGCACCCAGCGCAGCCCUUCAUCCUGAUUCCGCGUACGCGUCUCCGCCAUCAGCAGCACCACUGCAUGAACCUACGCCCGUGCCCGCACCCGCACCUGCACCGGGGAUAUAUUUUGGAAGGCAACCUGUGGAUCUUUCGGGAGCUAGACAUAGAUUGUUCGGUCAUGCUCCGGCCCCGGCCCCGGCGCCGUUCCCGUUCGCGUCGCCGGCGAACAUCGCGAUGUACCAGUUGUAUCAUCCGAAUCUGUCUACACCGAUGAUCCCGCAUCCGCAGCCGGUUGAUAUGGGUCUUCCGAGGGGUGUGCCCGCGAGACGGGGACGAAGUGGUAGUGCGCCUGGAGAGGGAUGGGGACAGUGA